CGGAGCCGCGGGUACCGCAGGCUGGUGCUGCAGACUGGCCGGGGAGCACAGGAGCCGGCCUCGCUCAGCAGUCCUGACUUUGUGCUGGAGACCUUCCGCUUCAAGGACUCGCUGGCCGAGGAGCUGCAGCGAGCAGACCUGGUCAUCAGCCACGCAGGUGCAGGCAGCUGUUUGGAGACACUGGAAGAAGGAAAACCACUAAUAGUGGUAAUAAACGAAAAACUGAUGAACAACCAUCAGCUUGAACUGGCAAAGCAACUCCACAGAGAUGGACAUGUCCUCUAUUGUAAUUGCAGCACUCUUGUGGAGACACUGCAGUCAAUGGACUUGUCAACUUUGAAACCCUUUCCUCCUGGACAGCCAGAAAAAUUUGCUUUGUUUUUGGAUAAAGCAGUUGGCUUCAAAUACGGCGGCCGCGCGCGCCGCCGCCACGCGCCCAGCGCCGGCCUCCGCUCCCACCUCCUCCCCGCGGGCACCAUGCACAAGGGCUGGAAGAAGUACUUCGGGCAGAAGUCCCUCAGCGAGGUCACCAUGGACGAGUACCUGGGYAGCCUGGGGCUCUACCGCAAGCUCACGGCCAAGGACGCCUCGUGCCUCUUCCGCGCCAUCUCGGAGCAGCUGUUUUCGUGCCAGAUCCACCACCCCGCGGUGAGGAAGGCUUGCGUCACCUUCAUGAGGCAGCACCAGCGCAACUUCGAGUCGUAUGUGGAAGGUUCGUUUGAGAAGUACCUGGAGCGCCUGGGAGAUCCCAAGGAAAGUGCUGGUCAGCUGGAAAUAAGUGCCCUGUCAGUAAUCUACAAUCGAGACUUUAUUCUGUACCGGUACCCUGGAAAGCCACCCACUUAUGCUACCGACAAUGGCUUUGAAGACAAGAUUUUACUGUGUUGUUCUGGCAAUGGCCAUUAUGACUCCGUGUAUACAAAACAAUUCCAGGCAAAUGCUGCUAUUUGCCAGGCUGUAUUGUAUGAGAUCCUGUACAAAGAUGUAUUUGCCAUGGAUGAGGAAGAAUUAAGGUCUGCAGUUGAAAUGUUUCGAAAUGGGUCUAAGAAGAACAGAAACAAUGGCUGUAUAGGAAGCGAGGAUGCAAACUUCGAUUGUCUUCCUGAAAAAGUAUCAAAAGUCUCACCCGAAAAGAGAAUGGAAGACUGGGAAGGCAAUGAUAGUGACAACCUACCUGAGGAGAAAUUUAAGCAAGGCACUGAGGAAACAAAGCCUCCAGAAAAUCCUUCRAAGAUGCCUUUUCCAUAUAAAGUGCUAAAGGCUCUGGAUCCAGAGAUCUAUCGCAAUGUAGAAUUUGAUGUUUGGCUGGACAGCAGAAAAGAGCUUCAAAAAACAGACUACAUGGUGUUUGCUGGGCGACAGUACUAUUUAGGAGACAAGUGUCAGGUACGUCUGGAGCCCGGAGGUAAGUAUUACAAUGCUCAUAUCCAGGAGGUUGGACAGGAUGGCAACAUGGUGACUGUGUUCAUUGAAGAACUGGCRGAAAAGCAUAUGGUUCCACUGGCAAACCUAAAACCAGUGACACAAGUGGCACCUGUCCUUGCUUGGAAUGUGGUUCCUAGCCGUAAAGGAGGAAGCUAUCAGAAGUUAACAGGUGGAUACUUUUCAGGAAUAGAAAUGGAUAUGAAAACACGGAAGAGAUUGCUUAAGAAAGUCCGUGGAAAGGAAGUUUUUAUGACUGUGGCUUAUAGUAGAGGUCAGCCAGUUCUYCCACCCCGGCUGCAGCAUGGUAUUCCUUCAGGGCGCUCUUCUCCAAUCCACUGUGUGCAGAGUGGUGGAAACGUGGCACCUUAUGAGCCCUAUCAUCCUCAGAAUCCUCCUCAGAGACAUGGCCGUGGAUUUGGAAUGCCGAGGGGAUCUGCCCGAUUUAUAAACAGGCACAACAUGGUUGGCCCUCAAAUAGCAUUCUACCCCAGUCCAGGAAAGAGAUGCUAUCAGAGMUAUGACAAUUUCUCCUACAGGUCCCGUUCAUACAGCCGUAGUCGCCGUCAGAUGCCGUGCAUGAAUAAGGAAUGUCAGUAUGGGUUUGUACCAGAAAAUGGAGAGGACCCUCAAGGAUCAGAAGAAACAAUAACUUUCUAUGAAAUUGAAGAAGGAGAUGAAACUGCUUUUCCUGCUUUACCAAGCCAGAGUGGCCCUGCUCCCAUUGUUCAUAGUCCAGCAGGGUUCUGGGUAGCAGGGAGAGGCCCCAACUCUGUUCCAGCAAAUAAGCAGGCCCUGAAUUCCUCGGAGGAGGAAUUGGAAGAAACAGCUGAAAACGGGAAGUUUCAUGAAGAAUAUAUCUAUGCACCUUCAGAUCCAGACUGCGAAACUGCAACAGUAUUUAGUUCAGCAGAACCUACAGCAAACUUGUCCCUUCAGGAAGAAGGGACGAUGUCUGUCUCACCUCAGGAUGGAGUUGCUUCCUACAGCUAUCCCCAGAAGGUGAUGGUGAAUUCUGCAGUGAUCUCAAACUCCACCUGUGUUAAUGCUGCUCCAGCUACAGUUUUYUCCUCAAAUUCUGCCACUUCCACUCAAGCCAGUGUCACAACAGCAGYUCCUCCGCAGACAGCAGUGCAACCAAUCCUAGUAUCACCCCCUUCUAUAGGGAGGCCAGUAGCAGUUYCUUCGGUGCCGUUCCCGGUUUAUUCUGCUCCACUUCCUCCAGUCAGCGAGGUGGGAGACGCUGGUGCUGCUCCUCCGCCCUACUCCUGUGAUCCCAGUGGCAGUGAUCUACCACGAGAUACAAAGGUUUUGCAGUACUAUUUUAAUCUGGGAUUGCAAUAUUAUCAUCAGAGCUAUUGGCAUUCCAUGGUGUACGUACAGCCAGUGCCACCGCCGUCAGCUGUGGAAGCUUAUCCAGCGUAUCCCGAGCCUGCUCCGGCCCUGGAGCAGCCAGUACCUCAGCUCUACACCGAUACUGGGAGGCCUGAAGUCCAUCAAGUUCCCCUGGAAGCCCCUGCAAAUGGUCACUUUCCAAAUGCGGAGCCUCCACCCCCAUCCCACGGAACAGUGUAUUAUCCGGUGGUGUCGGAUCCCUUCAACCAGCCGCCUCUCCCUGGGUUUGACUCUUGUAUCUCUUUAGUACCCACCUACCACUACAUUAGUUCCUGGCACCCAGUAAAUCCAUCCUAUGGGAAUUCUCCCCGAGUUCCUAAUGCUGUAAGUUCUGGACCACUGCACCAAGUCAGCUAUAUUGCCUCACCUAACCCCGCACCGCACUAUGUGCCUCAAGGAAUGUGAACCCCAGAGAUGUGUGAGCUCACUCUUUGCACUUGGUUUCUCUUGUUUCUUUUUUUGUCAACUAUAUGUUUAUAUUGUUUCAUAACUGCUAUCCCACCCCAGUGGGCUGGGUGCUGGUUGAGUAAACUGUAUUCAAAUUUCAUGUUUCUCUUCUGGUUUAUGCUAAUGAUACUCAGCUUGGAAAGGUGGUGUUCUGGUGGAUUCCAUGGGAGAGCAUGGUAAAAGGCUUCACAGGAACUGUAGUGCUGGGAAACACAAUGCUUGUAUUUGAUUAUAUAAAAUAAAUAUGUAUGAAAACAUGCACUUGUCACUAAAGGAAACUUGCAUCGUGCCUCUCCAUGUGAGGGGUUGCACUGGAACACUUGGUCACGUGGUUCUUUCUUGUUUAAGUAGUAAAAUAGGCUGCUGGUGCAACUAAGACUUUAAAACUAGGUG